AUGCUUACUGUGAAGCAGCCACCCGCGUACGGCUAUAGGUCCGUUCAUGAUUUGCCAACUCCGCCCUCAACAUCUCGACCUUCUCCGCCUCUGAGUUACUCGGAGGCCGCGUACAAACAUCAUCAGGUCGUUUCUCGCAGCCACAGUCCGAGUAGCCAAGCAAUGUCGGCACCUCACCGUGGGCUGCCGCCUCCAGCGGCCAUGGCACUUCCUCCUCAGCAAGCUCCUCCAUCAGCUGCCGUACCACCUCAACAUCACGGGCAUCAACAACCGCCGCCGCCACCUCUGUCUGCUGGCCAAGGCGGCCCUCAAGCGCAGCCGUGGACCUCAUUACCACCUCCCCCCGGGCAAUGGCACGGAUCUGAGGAAUCCAUGAGAACGUGGUUGCAGGCUAAAACGGAGGAAGAGAAAACUAAGCAAGAAGAGGAGAAAACCAGGCAAGAGGGUCUUCGGCUGGAGCAACGACGAGUGGAAAUGGACAUGCUGCGAGAUUCCCUCCGAGGCGGCAUCCCUCCACCCAUGAUACCCUUGGUAUUUGCUGGCAUGGCCGCGGGCGGAACAUUGCCACAAACAGCGGUAGAAUGGGCUCAACAGUUUCUCUCGCCCGUGCAGAGUCAGCCGUUGCAGCUUUUGCCGCCCCAGAGGCAGCAUUCUCCCGAUCCACACCAGAGAGAAGGUGCUUCUCAGGGCCAAUAUCCCGGACCAGGUGCAGCACCUCCUCCAGGCCCCGGAGCCUACGGUCCCUAUCCUGGAUCGCCUACGAGACCCCGUGGGCAGACAGUGAGCGGAGUUGUAGGCCGAUCAAGUAUACCUGCUGGGGGGAAUCCGUCCCAGCCUAGCCAGCCCGGCGGCGCAGGUGUAUCGCCGUAUGGCUCCCAGACCCAUAUGCAUACACAGCCGGCACCACAGGAGUCGAGCCCAGGGUUGUACUUUCAUCAUUGGCAGCCACCUGCGACGCAAUCAGGGAGCGGAAGCUCCAACAGACCGGGAACUCCGUCUGGUGCGUCUAAAACCAAGAGAAAGCGAGACUCGCUGUAA